AGUUAUUCGACUUUGAUAGUUAAAUUGACACAAGACUGCACAAGACUAUGAUACCUAAUCGAUCAAUAUCUUAAAAUAUUUGUAAUUGUUUUGAAAUACAAACUUAUAAACUGCUCAUUUUAACUUUUGGCUUUUACAAUGACAUACAACAAUUCGGUGUUCGUUGGGAACUGGCUGGAAGAGCGGUUGCAAAAUGAAUAUCAAUUUAUGCUAUUCUUACGUAAGAGAGAUCGAAAAGAAUUAUUAUUGCAGAGAUCAAGAACAUUGUUUAGCAACUUGUUAAGAGAGAGGCCAUUAGCAAUUAGUGGAACCUUUUUGUUGUAUGGAUAUAAUGUUCAAGUGGUUAACUCGGACAUGCCCGUAAAGGGAAAAACAGCUGACGGUAAGCCGCAAUACGGACUGGCGCUGUCUAGUGUAGUGAACCCGAGACAAGUGGACAACAUGCAGGACAUCUCCGACGGGUGUCUGAUGAGUCUCUCUCCAAUCACCACUCCGUGCUGUCGGAACACAUUCGUACUGGUCAAUGUGAGCGACGAAAGUAUUCGCGGAGAACAGUUAAAAUAUGGCGACGAAUUUCUAUUGAGGGCUGAAAAUUAUGGAGACCCAAAGGCAGCACCGCUGUACGUGCGCUAUACGUCACAAAUAGUCCCGGGCCCUGCAGAUCUUAUGCCGAUACAACUGAGCAAGAAUAAAGAUUCCAACUGUAGGUGGACAACGGUGCCACUGCUGGCUAAGGACCGCGUCGAGCAACUGGGCUGUAGUAUCAAGACUGGAGCAAAACUCAUCAUAAAAAAUUGUGUCGCUGAUAAAAGUUUGUGCGUUAUGAACCAAAGUUGGAUGCAGACUUUCUUUGGCCCCGAGUGUGGAGUUACGUGCCGAAACUACAUUGAUAUUCAUAAAAGGUACACAGCGGAGAAUGUGUUCACAUUGGUCAGUGAUAUAGCGACUAAAAGCAAGGAAUGACUGAGACUUUUAUAUUAUAUUUAUUUUUGGUUUAUAAAUUGUAUACUUUUGAUACA